CGAAUAAGUCUAAUUUCAUUAAAAUCGGUAACAAUAAUAAUUCUACAGAAAUCAAGUCAAUGGAAGAUACUGAUAAAUUAUCAGAGAUAAUCCAAGAAGAACCAGCAUUUAAAUGGCCACAUGAAGCUAUUCUUAUAUUAAUGGAAGAGUACCGAUUGCGACAGAAAGAUUUCAUAAGUGGAAAGAUGUCUCAAAAGAAAAUUUGGCUAUUAAUUGCUGCAAAAAUGUUAAAACAUGGUUACAAAGUUAGUGGAUUACAAUGUGUAUCUAAAUUUUCUGGUUUAAAAAGAACAUACAAAGCAGUUAAAAGUCAUAAUAAGAAGUAUGGCGAUGGAUCAAGAACAUGGACAUAUUUUCCUCUUAUGGAUGAUUUACUUGGCAAAUCAUCUAUGUCAUCUGUAACCACUGUAUCAUCAACAGGAAAAAGAUCACAAAUAGAAUCUGUAUGUAGUUCAUCUGGUUCAGAUAAAGAGGAAGACAUAAUACGACCUAAUAAGAAAAUACGUCAAAUAGCUCCAGUAGAAAAGUUAAUAGAAGAUUUAAGGAAUAUGAGAAAAGUCACAGAGGAAGCUCAAGAAAGAAGACAUAAAGAAAAUAUAGAGUUACGCCGGAGGCUUCUUAAUUCUUUUGAUAAAAUAUGA